CUUUCCCUCUUCGUCCCACUCUCUCCCAUUUCUACAGACUCGUGCGUACAAGUACAAUGUCCCUUAAAUGCUUGGUUUCUUCGCUUCUCUACCCAAAACAAGAAAAAUGCUUGCUUUCUUUCUAAUGGAUUUUUGGGUGUUGUGUUGGUGAUUUUAUUAAUAUUAUUGUUGUUGUAAAUUUGAAAUACUGUAGUGUGUACUACGACAACACUCCAUCUCUUGCUUCGUCGUUUCAAGAUACACAAGCUACAAGGCAAAAGAUUGCUGCUUUCUUCCUUUCUUCCAUUGCAGAGAAUCCCAUUCCUAUUCUUGGUUCGUUUCUAUAGCGAUGCUAACAUUCUUUUGACUGUGUUAGAGGAUGGGGGAUCAUUUUGUGUUGUUUGUUGAUCGACUGAUCACUGAAUCUACCCUAGAAGCUGUUAUAGAGAGCACAUAUCAGUUGCAGCACCCAACACUCACAGCAAGCCAAGAUACUAUGGACUCUUCCCAUAAAAUAGAUGUGAAUGGGUCAUCUUCUAGUAAAUUUGUACAGUGUAGGAUUUGCCAUGAUGAGGAUGAUGAUUCAAACAUGGAAACACCAUGUUCUUGCUGUGGCAGCUUGAAGUAUGCUCAUCGUAAAUGUGUUCAGAGGUGGUGCAAUGAGAAGGGUGAUACAAUAUGUGAGAUUUGCCACCAGCAAUUCACGCCAGAUUAUACAGCACCACCUCCUCUAUUUUAUUAUAGUGGUAUUCCGAUGAACUUCCGGGGGAAUUGGGAGAUUUCCAGAAGGGAUCUGCAGAAUCCUCAAUUUAUAGCAAUGGUUACUGCUGAUCAUGAAUAUAUGAAUACCGACUUUGAUGAUGAAUACUCAGCUCCCUCUUCAAGAAGCUUGAUAUGCUGCCGUGUAGUUGCUAUCAUCUUUAUGGUUCUUCUGGUUUUACGCCAUACUCUUCCAUUCUUAAUAAGCGGAGCUGGAGAGUACUCAUUGACAUUGUUCACAUUACUGAUGUUGAGAACGAUUGGGAUUCUAUUUCCAAUCUAUAUCAUGGUUAGAGCAUUCACUGCUAUCCAACGUCAGCGGCGUCAACAGGAUCCUGAAAUUUCCCUUGCCACAUCCGACGAAGAAAAUGACUUGGCAUAUCCAUCACGCUUGAUUCAAAUUCGAUAAUUGAUUCAGCCACCACUCUUGGCUGGUGGAAUCAUUUGCUAUCACUGCAACAUCCCAGAAACGGAUCAAUAAUCAAGAUCUGCAAUUAUGUGUAAUGCAGAUGAACAUGAUCAGUGACAUCAUCAUUUCAAGACAAUGUGCUCGAAGCAUCGAUUACCGGCAAACCUUUUGCUUACCACGAUUCUGAAAGCUGUGUGUAGACAGCAUUGGAUAUAAGCUUUUUUCUUUUCAAGUACAGCAUACAAAUUAUGGGAAUCCUAGAAAUCAAAGCUGCAUGUAAAUUUUAAUAGUGAGUUAAUGUAUUUUAUCCAAAAGGAACAUGAUUGCUGCUUUCACUUUUAA